UGAGGGCAGGAGGGAAUCUGUGUGUGCAAAGGAAAGAGUUGUGCGGUGUGACAGCAGCCAUGGGAGAGCUAAAGAGCACGUCUAGCUCUGGGGAGUGUUUCUGAGGGUUGGGAAAGGAGAGGCUUUGAAACGUGGCCUGGUUAAAAUCCGAUAGUUUAAAGCGGGGGUGGGGAACCUUUUUUUGGGUCAGGGACCAUUGAGCCACGGAAAAAUCAAUUGCGGGGGCUGCACAACAUUGAGAAGCAAAGAAAGCACAAAACAAACGAACUCUCACUGAAGUGGCUCCUAACAGAAAAGGGGAAAGAGACUCCACAUUCCCCUCACACCAGAGCCUAGGAAGAUGGAGGCUGGUGGAGAAGCUGGUUGCAGCAAAGCUACCAGACCGUCAAAGAGAAGUCCACGGAAGCACUGGAAUUCAUGAAGCGGGACUUGACCGAGUUUUCCCAGGUGGUGCAGCAUGACACAGCAUGCACUAUUGCAGCCACGGCCAGCGUGGUCAAGGAGAAACUGGUUAAGACAGAAGGCUCCUCAGGCACAACUGAGAAGAUGAAGAAAGGGCUUGCGGACUUCCUGGGUGUUAUCUCGGACACGUUCGCGCCCUCGCCAGAUAUGACCAUCGACUGUGAUGUCAUAACGCUGAUGGCAACGCCCUCUGGUACCACAGAACCGUACGACAGCACCAAGGCUCGUCUCUACACCCUGCAGUCGGACCCAGCAACCUACUGCAACGAACCGGAUGGCCCUGCUGUGCUCUUUGAAACCUGGCUCUCCCAGUUUAACCUAGAGGAGAAGAAGGGAGAGAUCUCGGAGCUGUUAGUCACCAGCCCCUCCAUCCGGGCUCUCUACACCAAGAUGGUCCCAGUGGCUGUGUCCCAUUCAGAAUUCUGGCAGCGAUACUUCUAUAAAGUCCAUCACCUGGAGCAGGAGGAGGUUCGGCGGGAAGCCCUGAAGCAGAGGGCAGACCAGAGCGUGCAUCGGGAGGAGCCAGGCUGGGAAGAGGAAGAGGAUGAAUUGUUGGCGAUGUCGCCCCUGCCUGGCGUGAAUCUGAAAUCUCCAGAAGAGGGAAAUCUAACGUCAUCUGUCCCUGCAUCAGCAGCUGCUCCCCUGACGCCGGAGGGAGCUCCCAUCCCCAGCCUAAAGGAGCCAGCAGAGGAAAGCUGGUCUGGUCGAGCAGCAGAUCCAGCCCAGGUGACCCCGUCUGAGAGCAGCGAGAGUGUCUCCCUUGUGACUCAGGUUGCGAACCCUGCCUCUGUGCCUGAUGCACAGUUACAGACUGGAGCACAGCUGUCUGGGGCCGGGGACCUCUCCCAGAGGUUACAGGAAGCUACUUCUGAAGAGCCAGGCUCCCAGCCAAAGCCAGCAGCACGUGCACAUCCUCCGACAGCCGCUCAGCCGGUGGUGUCUUCAGAGCAAGUGGGCUCUGCGGGGCUCAAGGAGCAGGCGGAGAGCAAGCCCAGGGGCCAGAUAGAGACACUGAAAGAGGAUGGGCUGGCAGAUUUACGAGUCUUUGAGCUGAACUCAGACAGUGGAAAAUCCACUCCCUCCAACAAUGGGAAGAAAGGCUCCAGCACGGAUAUCAGUGAGGACUGGGAGAAAGACUUUGAUUUGGAUAUGACAGAGGAAGAAGUGCAGCUGGCGCUCUCAAAUGUGGAAGUGUCCGGAGAGCUCGAAGACGAAGAGUGGGAGGACUGGGAAUAAGGCGAUUGCUUCCUCUGUGUGUCACAGGCUCCUUCCCACCAUCCAAUGUGAAUUAAAUCACAGAUCGACUAUUCCUUUCAUGUGUAACUGUGCUGGGGUUUGCGAUUCCAGGCUGGGGAGUUCCAUCCUGCUAAAUCCUAGGGCUAGCUCAAACUCAUGAUGCUGGAAGAGGUGAUAACAGGUGUUACACUCAUAUGCACAGGGGUGCUGGGGAGGGGGGGGUGCAUCUUCUCAGUAGGUCCAACAAGGUCAAAAUUGACUGCCCAGAUACAGGCUUAGGGUGGGAGGCAGGUCAGGCGGGGCCCUGGGCUCGAGCCAGGCAUUAGAACAUCUGGCAGGAUUAGAACAUCUGGCAGGAUUAGCCUGCAUCGGCAGGGUACCCGUCUGCUGUCUGCUUGUGUGUGACUAGAGCCUACAACGCAGCAGGUUAGAUACAGUACGAAUUGUGCCUGUUCACGCAUUACUCCAGACUAGCUCUGAGCCCCCUGCCCCCAAACUGGGACUGACCAGAGGCUGGAGAAGCCGCCUUGGCAGCCUCUUCGUAUUGCUACACUUACCACUGUAAGGAACGGAGGCGGGUUGGGGGCUUCGAUCUAGAGUCGGGCUUCCCUAAAGGGAACUAACGUCGUCUCCUCAACUCUUCUUGAGCCGUAGCCUGGCCUGUGGUCUUAGAAGCUGCUACAGAAAUCUCGGCACUUCCUUCUGCUUUCUUGGGAUGCAGCUUUUCAGUGGCACUUCACCCUCCCCCGCUCUCUCUGCUGGGCGAUGAGCAUGCUGGUCGUCCUUAAUUCCUCAGGCAACGUCCUGAUUCUCGUAGUGUUCCCCUGAAUAGGGUUUUCUGGGCAGGCAGGGGACCUGGGUCGUUCCUGGGGCAGAGCUGCCCCUGUCUGUGUGUACCAGCCACCCAGCGUGGUCACUUAAAAGACCCAGGAUAGGUACAGUGGUCACCAAAACAUCAGCCUUUGCCAGCAGCACGUACUACUCUUUGCUGUUCUAUGGGAAGCAGAAGCAUCAUACACAACAGAUUGUACCUGAUGGCAAGGGCCGGCCACAGGAGCCGUUGACUUGGCUGUUUGAAUUCUCCUCCUUAAAUCCCCCCACCCUUCCCUUUCCCCUCCUUGGCAGGACCUGCCUGUCCCCUGUGCAUUUCGAACAUUGCUAGAGCCUCUCUGCUCCUGUUCAGCUAAGUCCUCCACGAGGCUCUGACUCCUUCCUCCCACCCCUGUUGACUUGGGUAGACCCUCCUUUCAGUCUGUCAUCUCUGUCUGGGGGUUUCCCUUCUUUCUCUACCCUUCUGAUCUGUCCCAAAAUGCUGCUCCCCAGUGGAUGUCACCAGUACAGUUAUCCUAAAGGGACAGUGUCUACCCCACCGUCUCUGGCCUUCAAAGUAUUGGUUUUAGCCAUGGUUUCUUUAGGCCAUUCUGCUUCUUAAGGGCCGGUUCACUGGGGCUGCGGGUUUCCCUCUGUUUUUAGACAGCACUAGCUUCCUGGGGAUUAUGGAGUGUCGAUUUUCCCAUGGGGAGAUUCUCCAGUGGCGGCCGCAGCUCCUGUAGGUGCAUUGAAGAGGGCUGUGUCACCCAGCUCCCUGUCUGAGAGCCUCUGUAUGCCACACAGCCCACUGGGCCUGGGGACCAGCCUACAGCAUGGCCCCAGCGUGGCAUUGUAGAAUGAAUCCAAAAGGUCUCUGACCUGUGCUGCUGCCAACUGUUCUCCUCAGCUAUGGUGCAUCUCAGGGAUGCAGGUAAAAUGCAGCUGCAUCCCCUCUAUGCUGAGGUGUAGCCAAGUCUGGAGACAAUCCUGUAGUAAUAGUUCCUCCAAUGUGUUUGGACUCUUGUGCGGCUGGGUCUUCUGCCGGGAGAUUGGUGUCUGUCUGGAAGUAUCGGAGACCCAUGUUGUUUGCGCAUGCCCUGUGGGGACCCUCUUGUGUAUAUACCGCCUCAUUUAAAGGUAUGGUUCCCUGCUGCUCAAGUCCCAAGGUUGGAGCUGGGAGAAAGCGUGGCGCUUGCCUUUCUCUUUGUAACUCUUUCAUUAGUUAAUUAACCUCUUGGUUAUUUGUGCAAUAUUCUCUAUUUUAAAUUAUACGGCAUCUCCUGGGAGCAUUUUAUAGCUGGGGCAAAAGAGAGAUUCUAACAGCUGUUAGUUUUGUAAUGACAACUUUCUCCUGAAUCUUUUACAGACUUGCAGUUAACAGAAAUUAAAGGAAUUCUACAGAA